GCAACUCUGCGUUUGUAAUUACGGUCUGAAGAGGGGCUGGCUUUUUAGCUUGUUUUAACCCCCCCAUCCCCCCCCUUUUUUUUUUUUGCUUUUCUUGAAACUGUACUUGAAACUAUUCAAUAUCUGGGAGUAUAAGGGAAAGUACGCGAGAGGAGUUCUUUGCCUGGGUUCGUAGCUUGCUGCUUUAUUACUAAGGGGGGAAAUAAGCGCUGAAAGCAACACGGAUUUUAUCCAGUGGCUGGAUUAACUGCAGGCGAAGCGUGGUCUGGAAGUCCACUGACUGACAUUGUUCCGGACCGGGGGAUCCGUCUCUCUUAUUUUUAGAGGAACUACAAUUUAGCGGCAGACAGUUGGACACGGUGAUAAACCGAAGAGUGGCCAGCAAAGAGCGGGCGAGAGAAACGAGAAAGCACAAAGGCUAAACUAACCCGAGCCGCCUCCUCCUCCUUCCCCGGCUCUUUAUUUGCACAUUUACUGAAGACUUUAGGGAAAAAAAAAAAAAAAGAAAUAGAAAAAAAACCAACCAACCAACAACCCCCUACUCCACCAAAUCGGGAUUUUCGGGCCGCCGGGGGUUUCUCCCUGCCGCCGAUGCCUUAAAUUUCCACUUCAAGGAAUAAACCCCCCCGCUCGCCCGAAAUGAAAUAAAACCAAUAAACCUGCCAAGUCUCACUCAUUCCCGAGGGAGAUCUCCUUCGCCCGGGGAUUCAUUUCGGAGGCAGCGGCUCGCUUUCUAUUUUUUUCCGCCCUCCUUCCCCCGGCGGAUUCCCCCCGUAUCCCCCCUCUCCCCAGGAGCCCUUUCUGCCCCGCGGAGCCCCCAGACCCCCCGUCCCCUGUCCGGCCGAUGCUCGCCCGACCCUAACGAUCCCCCCACCACCACUCCUUGUCCCGUCCCCCCCUUCCCCGAUCUGUCAACCCCCCGCGGGGCCGUCACCGCCCGGGGGCCGGGUCGGGGUGGGCCGGGGGCGCGGGGCUGACCGCCCUCCGCCCCGCCGCCAGCCCCCGGCUCGGGCUCCCGCCGCUGCCCCCGCCUUCCCCCCCCCCUUCCCCUCCGCCUUCUCCAUGCGGCAGUGAGCACCGACCCAUCCGGAGGGCCAGGACCGGCAGGCAGCGAUGGGCGACACGGCUCCCCCCCAGGCCGCGGGGCUGGGGGCCGGGCUGCUGGGGGGGGGCCCGUCGGCGCCCCGUGUCCACAGCGCCAUCGUGGAGCGGCUGCGGGCCCGCAUCGCCGUGUGCCGCCAGCACCACCUCAGCUGCGAGGGGCGCUACGAGCGGGGCCGCGCCGAGAGCUCCGACCGCGAGCGGGAGAGCACCUUGCAGCUCCUCCACCUCGUGCAGCAGGGGCAGGGCGCCCGCAAGGCCGGCAAGCACCACAAGGCGCCCACCACCGCCACCACCGGACCGGCCGCCGCCACCGGACCGGCCACCGGCGCCGCGCCGCCGGACUAUCACCAGCACCUCCUCAGCAACGGCGGCAUCAACGGGGAGCAGCCGGCGGGGGAGCAGCGCGCCUCGGCCCUCCUGGCGCUCCAAGGCUCCUUGAAGAGAAAGUUGGUGGUAAAUCUGUCACCUGUCAACAACAAGAGGCCCAAUGGCGUUUCAGAGAGCUCCUUCCUUGACAUUAAAAGGAUAAGAGUGGGUGAUAAUAUCUCAGUGGGACAAGGUGGACAACAUGUUAGCAAUUGCCAAAGCCAGUCAAUGUCAGGAACUAUGUCUGUGGGGCAAGGUUCGCAAAGAAAGGCCAACAACCUAGCUAACAAUACACAUGCUAGUGGGAACGGCAUGUUUAAUAUGACUUUGAAAGAGGUAAAGAAAGAACCAGGAGAAACGAUGUCCUGCAGCAAACACUUAGAUGGCCAGACAUCCCAUGAGAACAUGUUCCCUAACAGAUAUGGGGAAGACUCGUGGGAACAAAUGAUGGAUCUGGAGCUUCAGGAACUGUUUAAUGAACUGACUAACAUAUCAGUGCCACCAAUGAGUGAUCUUGAGCUAGAGAAUAUGAUAAAUGCCACGAUAAAACAAGACGAGCCAUUCAACAUUGACCUUGGGCAGCAGAACCAGAGGGGCCCUGUGAGAUCUCUGCAGAUGGAUAAGAUGGUGAUAAAAAGUGAAUAUGCACCAGGCAUGAAUCAGGCUCCUGUGGGCUCCCCACAGAUGAGGCCUUCUUCUACAGGUCCAGCCUUCACUAUGGCCAACACUGCCAUGUCCACCUCUUCACCCAUCCCUUCGGUGCCUCAGAGUCAAACACAGGUAUCGCAGGUUUCUUCUGCGUCCAGUCGGCCAUUGACUAACUGGCAGGAGGUCUCUCAUGCACAGCAGCUUAAACAGAUUGCAGCCAACCGGCAGCAACAUGCCUUGAUUCAGCAGCAACAGCAGCAGCAGAACCAGACAGCCAACUGGUCCACUCUGUCUCCAUCAGGACCUUCCCCUGGACCCUUCAUGCAGGAGAAAAUCCCCAGUCCUUCUUUUCGCCAGCAGCAGUUCAGCCCACAAAGCUCAGCAAUGCUUGGGGUACCAGUGAAUGGAAAUCAGUCGAAAGGGAUGAACAACUAUGUUUAUAAACCAACCACUCCCCAGAGCAAUCCCAUGGACAUAAUCAUGCAACAGAAGCCUCAGGACCUCAACAGAAACUUUAUCAACAGCGCUCAGCCAUCCCUAGAGCAGCAUCAUGGCAACACAAAGCCUUUGUUUCACUUUAACUCAGAGCAAACAAACCAGCAGAUGCCUUCAGUUUUGGGUUCCCAAAACAAGCCUGCCCUUCUGCACUACACGCAGCAGGCACAGGGUUCAGCCCCUGUGCAACAGCCACAGCAACAGCAGCAACAACAGCCACAGCCGCAACCUGCUCAACCUCUCCCGAACCAGUCUCUGCAAAGGCCACCUAACGUACCCCUAGCACUGCAGCAAAAAAUGAUGCUUCAGAAAAUGCAGCAAAGCCAGCAAAUCUCAGGUUUGCAGUAUCCAGUCUCUCAGCAGCACAGACAGGAUCAACACUCUGUGGUAGGCCAGGGAGCUGGCCCCACUCCAAGCUCCAGUUCUUGCUCAAAUCCAAACACUGGAAGUGGUUACAUGAACUCAUCCCAGCAAUCAAUGUUGAAUCAGCAACUGAUGGAAAAGAAACAGGCUCUGCAGCGGCAAAUGAUGGAGCAAAAACAACUCCUUCUACAGCAGCAGAUGUUGGCAGAAGCCGAGAAAAUAACUCCACAAGAUCAGCUGAACAGACACUUGACACGACCACCACCAGAUUAUAAAGACCAAAGAAGAAAUGUGGUCAACAUGCAACAAGCAAACCAAUAUCCUGGUGGUUCACCAGCAGUGAGUAUGAGCUCCAACAACAUGUCCUUAUCCAACCCAAUUUCAACUCACAGCAUCAUGACCCAGAGCUCCAGCAUUAUGUCCACCCCUGCUGGGACCCGAAUGCCUUCUGUUCCUGCCACUCGGAAUAUGGGCUGCUAUGGGAACCUUCCUUGCAACCAACCAAGUUCAUACAACGUGAGUUCAGGAAUGAAUCAGAUGCAGCCACACAGGAACCAAACUCAAGUCCUGCCCAGUCAGAAUAACCCCAUGAUGUCUCGACAGCAAACCAUGGCGCAGGGAAACAACGCAGCGGCUUUUGGGACGGGGUCGGUGGUCAACUCACAGCAAGUGAGGCCAAGCGUGAACCAUGGAGCCACAGGUAUCCCCGCGCAAAGGCCGGCCAACGUGAUGAUCACAGCUACUGCCACUGCCCAGAACUGGGCGCCGCAGGAAGCUGCAGUGAAGCAGCAGGAUGCACUGAAACCCGCAGGGGUCCGUUUCCCCGCUGGCACUCCGUAUCCUAACCAGUCUUUACAACGCAGCGUAGGCAACCAGCAUUUUCCUCAGCGUGCACUGGCACCUCCUAAUCAGUUAACAGCAGGAGUCCAAAUGAGGCCUCCUCUAAACCAAAUGCAGCAGACUCUAAAUGGACAAUCCGCUGGCUCACUACGAGGUCUCAGCAUAAGACCUAACCAGCUGAGAGGACAGACUGUGCCCACCUUGAAUCAGCCAGGAACAAGUAUGACACCUCCGUCAUCUCUGCCGUCAACCAGUUUCACAUCUACCAACCAAAACUCCCGGGCUUACCAAGGAAGUGACCAUGGCAGUGACCUAGCAUUUGACUUUCUGAACCAGCAAGGUGACAGUAUAGGACCUGCACUCAACAGUGACUCAGACUUUAUAGAUUCUUUACUGAAAACGGAACCUGGUAAUGAUGACUGGAUGAAAGACAUCAACCUCGAUGAAAUUUUGGGGAACCACUCGUAAGUGACAGUACCAAGGGUCAACCAGAUGAAGAGGCAGUAAGGACAUUAGCUUUCUCUUUAGAUGCCACCAACCUGCUUUAUUAAUUUACACUCCAGUGACUGGGCUGUCCUUUAAGAUACCAUGUAGGGCGACUGCCCUGUUUGAAGAGUUGCUCUAGGAACAAAACUGAAGUCUCCCUGAUGAACGAUAACAUAAGUGAUAUUCAAGCCUGCCACAAAGGAGUGAGAGCACGUGAAGGGUAUGUUCCCCACACCGGUGCCUAGCACAUUGCAAACCAGUUCUUUUCAAGGGAGCUGCAUGGAGAAGCAUGUUUAGCUUCCCACACACGCAAGCACCAGACAGUGGUUGUGGAACAUCAUUUCUCUGAGUGCAGAGUACGAGCCCAAGCGGUCCAGAGCUCUUCAGCCAUCACAUUCAUGGCCCUUAACUUCCUCAGGACUACUCAGCCCUCACGGCAUCAGGCCCUGUGUAAAUCUCAUUGUGUUGCAAAAACUGUUCACUUCUACACAGUACAAACUCACAUGUGCUUUCCCAAUGAUUUUGUUUUAAGCCCUCUAUGUUUUGUAGCACACAAAAGGGUAAAAGUGGUCUUGUCCAAGGGAAGAAGGAAACAGAUCAUCCAGUGUGUUACUCGGUGUGCUCUAGAGUUCACUUCCUCCCUUUCAUCAGUGCUUGCAGCACGUAUCAGAGGACGCUACUGUCCUGCCAGCAGCACAAUCGUUUUGGGCAUUGAGGGAAACAUGAGAUGAACUACACGAAAGCUCAGGAUCCUCACUUUGCCACCUUGCCCUACCGCAGGGACUCCAGUGACUUAAUGGACAACUUAAGUGAGAAGGGUGCUCAUGGUUUGACCCUUACCAACUACUUUCCCAGUCCAGCUUAGAGGAAGGCAAAUGCAUGAAGUGGCUCAGCUAAGCUGCUGUCCUCAUCUUAGCCCCAGGCAACUGUCACAUAGUUCAGGCCGGUCCUCUUCUACUGAACAGGUUUACCCCAGCAGAAAUGCCAGCAUCUCUGUCUGAGAGAGGUUACAGUUCUGAUUGCACAGCAUUCUAUCCCUCUUUCCAUUUGCCAUAUGGGGGGAGUUGGAAGAGGUCCAGUGGUAGCCCAGGUCCCCACAGCCUCCAUCAAGCAGAGUAUGAGUGGCUCAGCCCCUGAAACUAGCAUGAAAUCACUUACAACCACCUGGGUUACUCACAGUAGGAGGCUGCACUAAGCCACAUCUGUGCAUGUAAAUGAAACAGUUUGGGGCAAUAUUUCUGGGUGCUGGACAAAAUCACCUGCUCUGGGUUUGGGGAUGGCCCAGCUAAACAAUUUCUGUGCAUCAUGAGGGGGUUAAUCCUAGGCAAGGACCAUUGCCAUGGACAGUCGUCAGCAACCUUGCAGCCACCACAGACAAACAGAGCAGAGCAGUGAGGAUACAGGUUGUUCCAUACCUCUUGACCUCGGUGCCAGGGAAUAGUCUCAACCAUGUUAAAAGUUUCUCCUAUGAACUUGGUCAGUAAGGACAUCAGAAGGAGGUGCUGUGUCACUGUAAAACAGCUCUGCAGUGAGUCAGACAGGAGAAUUCACAGAAGGGAACAGAUCUUACAAUUCAAAUGAAAAUGCUGUUCUGUAAAAUGAUGUGGUGUGAUGUCUUUUACAGCCUCCUCUGAAUUAGCUAAAACGAGAUGUGGCAAAGGAAUACAAUGCCUGCAUUCACAUGCCUCGGUGCCAAGAGGCAUUGCUCUACCCCGUGCAAGUUCUUUAUUCAUCCUUGUUAGUGGCACUGGGAUGAGUAGGCUACUUGACAACAGCCUCUGCACUUAUCUGACCUAGUUCUCAAGAGAGGCUUUAAUAAGGCUUUUCCAGUCAUUUCACUCUGUCAUUUUAUGUGGGCACAAUUGUUCAUGAUGUUUCAAGAAGCUGGUGCACAAACAAGCACCAGCACCUCCAGGAAAGGUGUAACAUGGGCAUUUAGCUAGAUGUGCCAGCUGAGGUGGGCUUGUCCAUGACAUGCUUGUCGUAGGAAGGACAAGAAAGCCUGUUGAAGAGUCCCUUCUGCUGCCCCAGCUAGUGAUGGUUGCACGCCCCUGCACUGGGUAACGUGGUGGCUCAGCUGCCCAGACAGCUCCCUCUUGUCUCCAGUUUUGGCUGGGGGCACAUGGUCCUUUUGAUAUGACAGUACAAGUCUUUCCAAGUCUUUAAAGAGCUUUUCAGCCCAGGUCACUAGUGCCCCACCUCAGUUUGGAGAGACACAGAUGCACUCUAACAAAUGAGUCCCCAGUUAACUGUGCAAAACUAGACUGAAAUAGCAGCUACAUCAGUUCAAAGUGGAGGGAAAGUCGGCUCAUGUGUCUCAUACAGAGGCACACACCACGUCCAUGAGCAGGUCAGCACUGACUGCCGAAGCUCUGGUAGGAACAGACAACUGCGAUGACACUAAGGCCAAGGCUGAGUUGGUAUCAUCCUGAGCAAUGAGCACUGAAGUCAGGUAACUUCAACUACCCUCACAUGCCAUUGAAGAGCCCACCACUGAUUUCUGUAUUAAGACAAGAUUGUUUUCCAGAUCCUCAAAUGAUGUAAAAAAAUUGUUCAGCUGAGGAGCUGGUCCCAAGACUUCAGGAUAUCAUGCGGUGGUGGAUUCAAAGCUGAGCUUUGCCCUGUUGGCCUCAGCAUGGAGUAAAGAAGACACUGGGCUGUGAGUGCCAUUCCUGGGAUCAAAAUGUCAUCCUGCCUGAAGUAAAUUCUACAAAGGUAGAGGCCAUUUGCAGUCCUGAUGCAUUUGGAAUGUGAGCUCAAAAGACUCUUGCAACCAAAACUUGAAUCCAGUAUCAUUUCUUCAGAACACUUGUAUCUGAACAGAGCUAGUGUCUUUUUUCUCUUUCUUUGCCAUGGCUAAGUGCACUACCCUUAUAGUCUAUUUUUCAUCAUGGACUGGGCACUCUUCACAGUAUUGGGUUGUAAAUAUAAAGAAUUAUUUGUUUUGUAAACUUUUGUAAAAAAAAAUACCAACCAAAAAGUAAUAAUAUUUUGGUAGGAAUAAUAAAAAUCAUAUUAUUUGGGUUAUAUUUAUACAUAUGUGAAAUAAAUAUACUAUCGAAAAGUUGUAUUUUAUACAAGAAGUCAACGGUUACCUUUUGUAUUCUAUAUACAAAGUUUUGUAUGAUACGAUUGUUUAUUUUUAUCUGCAGACUUCAACUUUGGAUUUUGGGGGAGGGCAGAAUGGGAUCGUGGUUCAACAGCUGGGUCUGACCCCAAGCUCACCGAAACCAAUGGAGUCUUUCCAUUGCCUUCACAGGGCUUUGAAUCAAGCCUUUAAAUCGCCUUCAGAUAUGUUUGACAUCUGAAGCUCUCUGGAAACCUCAACAUGAAAACAUUCCAGGUUUCAAAUUUUUUCCCUGAAAAAGGCUUUUAUUAUUAAUGUUAUUAUUAUUAUUGUUACUAUUAUUGCAGCUCUUGGGAGGCAGGUGGGACCUAUGUAACUGUCAUGUCCUUGUUGCAUGUAUGUCUGCUUUAUAUUUUCCCCAUAUUAUAAACCAGUGUUUCUCUAUACAGACUGAAAGGAAAAGUUGCUGUACAGAAAUGUUUGUGUUUAUGCAUUUUUACAUGUGGCUGUAUAUACCUCCUAGUACUAUGCAGUGACACUUAUUUGACUCCAUUUAUUUUUCACCUAAACAUGAAUAGUAUGUUUUUCAGUAGCUAUCAAAACUCUGCCAAGUAAAUCAAUCAAAAUUAUC